AUGGUGUAUGACCCAUCUCCGCAUCUGAGGACAGGGCAACGUGCGGCACGAGAAGGUCCGACUUGGGCUUGGCCGGGAGAAGAUAUAAGCUCCAGUGCCACCUCGAAAGAACGUCUUCGCUUCCCCUCUCUUGAAGCUUGUCGCGUCUUGCAACACCUUGGCUCCACCGUUGGACCUCCACCCACCAACACCGCCACCAUGGCUGAGAAGAUUGGAAAGAGCGAGGACUACACCUCCCACCAUGAGAAGAAUGCGAGUCCACCGGAAUACAAUGACUUGUCGGAACAAGCUGGUCGCCGCGGAUCAGUCGCACUCAAUAUAGUCGAGAACCCUCUCAAGCGCGUGUCAGCGGAGAAAGCCGCCGACGAUGCUCGUGUAUUCGCCGAAUCGCACGGUAUGCCAGAACAUGCCCAACUCUUCGCCAAGGCAGCGCUGGUUGCACGCCACCCAGACGGCUUCGAUGGAAUGGCGGCGCUCGACGGGGGAGAGAAGUCGGCGUUGGCAUAUGAGCGUGAUCACAAGUGGCAUGGACCUACUAUGCUGUGGUAUUCCAUCUCGCUCUGUGCCAUUGGAGCUGCUACACAAGGAUGGGAUCAGACUGGUUCGAAUGGAGCCAAUCUUUCGUUUCCAACUGAAUUCGGCAUCGACGGCACAGGUCGCGAUGAGUGGAUUGUCGGCUUAAUCAACGCCAUCAUCUUCCUCACAGCAGGUCUGAUCGGUGCCUUCAUCGUCGACCCCCUCAACCACUACCUCGGACGUCGCGGUGAGAUCUUCGUCACCGCACUCUGCUUGACAGCAACCCCCAUCGGUUCCGGCUUCGCAAAGUCAUGGCAAGGACUCUUUGCUGCUCGAUUCAUCAUGGGCAUUGGCAUUGGCGCAAAGAACGCCACAGUACCUAUCUACUCUGCAGAAAUGGCACCGGCCCGGAUUCGUGGUGCGCUGGUUAUGUUCUGGCAGUUAUGGGUCGUUAUAGGCAUCUUCCUCGGCUUCUGCGCCAACGUCAUCGUCAAAGACACCGGCGACAUCGCCUGGCGACUCCAACUCGGCUCCGCAUUCAUCCCCUCCUUCAUCCUCGGCGUCGGCAUCUUCUUCUGCCCCGAAUCACCACGUUGGCUCAUGAAGAAGGGCCGCCACCCACAAGCCUUCCGAUCCAUGAACAAGCUCCGCGCCCACCCCAUCAUCGCCGCCCGCGAUUACUACUACUCCUGGAUCAUCUACGAAGAAGAGCUAAAAGUCGCAAGCGGAUCUGGAUACUUCCAGCGUCUAUGGGAUUGCUUCUCCGUCCCACGCAUCAGGCGUGCAAACUACGGAGCUUCAACGGUCAUGAUCGCGCAGCAAAUGUGCGGCAUCAACAUCAUCUCCUUCUACUCCUCCACCAUCUUCGAAGAAGCCGGCUACACCGCUACCCAAGCCCUCUACGCCUCGCUAGGCUACGGCGCUGUCCAGGUCGUCUUCACGAUCCCCACCCUCUUCCUCAUCGACACCAAGGGCCGCCGCACCUUGACCCUCGCGACUUUCCCCGGCAUGUGCAUCUUCCUCCUCGCCGCAGGUCUCUCCCUCCUGAUCCCUGAUACCGCCAGCCGUGGCGCGCAGAUCGGCCCCGUAGUGCUGUUCAUCUACCUCUUCACCAUCUGCUACUCGCUCGGCGAAGGACCUGUGGCGUUCCAGUACUCGGCUGAAGUAUUCCCGACCAUCCAGCGUGAGCAGGGAAUGGCGUGGGCUGUGUGUAUCAACAACACUUUCGCCGGAAUUUUGUCCUUGACGUUCCCGCGUAUGAGGACUGUCAUGACUCCUACUGGUGCCUUCGGCUUUUACGCUGCACUCAACUUGAUUGCCUGGUUUAUGAUCUUCUGCUUUUUGAGAGAGACGAAGCAGUUGACACUGGAGGAAAUCGACCAAGUCUUCAGCGUGCCGACGAAGAAGUUUAUUGGGUAUGAGUUGAACGUCUGGCUGCCUUACUUCAUUAAGCGACACCUGUUGUUUAACAAGAAUGUGGUGGAGCCGCCGCCGAUUAUUCAGUCGCAGAAGGAGGCGGAGAGGUCGGGUUCGAUUGCGGUGGUGAGUUAG